AUGGCGUCACGAAAGCGCGCAGCGCCAUCCUCAGCCAGUCAGAUGUCUGCGAACAAGAGGCGCGAUGUAAGGGCCUGUCGAAGGACUGCGACUCGGGAUCCAGGCUUCUUCGAUCGAACUACCGAACUGAACGCGGUCAAUUCGCCUCUCCUUCGGCUACCAGCUGAAUUGCGAACCAUGAUCUACACCUACGUCUUCAGCUUCCAAGAAUACCGCAUCGAUGCAGGGAUCACUGGCCCUAUUAUCUGUGCAGGAUCCUUGAAGCGCAACAACAUGGGUCUUCUCCUCGUCUCCCGACAGCUGCACGCCGAAACUGCCUUACUUCCGUAUCAGCUUGGUACGAUUUGCUUCCACUUCGAAGGAAGCUACCCAGACAUGCUCUGGCUUCCACACAUCGGGAAGUUUCUUGAAAAGCGGUCGUUACAACAGAUCAAAGCAAUCGUCAGUUUGCAGGCCUAUCUGUAUGCUUAUGAAGAUCCUUGGAAGAUCCUCGAUGGAUCCGGACUAUACUGGGCUAAUAAGAGGGGUGUCUUAAAUCUUGGCAAGAAAUUACCUUAG